GGAAUUGUCAUCCUUUGCUGCUGAGUUCGAAAGAGUCUAAUAGCGCAUUCUGAGUUGGAAAACUAGAGGCAGACACCGGAAUAUGCCGAAGAGAACAACCCACACGUACUCGAGCGAGGACGCAGCUCCUGAUGGUCCAGACUCCGAUCUCUUUGUCUAUUACUGCAAGCAUUGUGGCUCUCACGUCCUUAUUACCGAUACACAAUUGCAGAAAAUGCCAAAGAGAAAGACUGAUAAAGCAUAUGUAUUGGAUAAGAGGAAGCAUCUUGCAAGAUUGAACAUUAAUGAGGCUGGAAAAAUUCUCUUGAAACGGGGUGAAGGGAAAUUGGAGAAGCAGUUUCGUAUGAACUGUAUGGGUUGUGGCCUGUUUGUUUGCUAUCGUGCGGAAGAAGAUCUGGAAACUGCUUCUUUUAUAUAUGUUGUUGAUGGAGCACUUAGUACAGUCGCUGCUGAAACAAAUCCGCAGGAUGCUCCAGUGCCGCCAUGUAUAUCUCAGUUAGAAGGAGGACUCGUUCAAGUAGCUAUUGAAGUUGAAGACCGUGCACAACGCUCAGCAAUAACAAGAGUGAAUGCUGAUGAUGUUCGAGUUACGGUAGCUGCGCCUGCUGCUCGUGGGGAAGCUAACAAUGAACUUUUAGAAUUCAUGGGCAAAGUGUUGGGUCUAAGACUGAGCCAGAUGACUCUUCAAAGGGGAUGGAAUAACAAAUCAAAACUCCUUGUUGUGAGUUACAUGAAGAAUUAUAAAGUUUUCUUGUCUAACCCCUUCUCUGUGGAGGAUUUGUCUGCUAGAGAGGUGUAUGAGAAACUUCUGGAAGCUGUACAGCCGUGAAGCUGGAGUGUUACUGUUACUGAUUUGAUAAAUGAGUUGCAAGUGAUUACACUUUAUUAAAAUUGAAAUAUGGAGUUUAAACCCGAUGCAAGUGGAUAACUGCUUAGCAAGUGUAAUUGCAUUACCAGAUAUGCGAGGCUAGAAUUUUGUUGAAUUGAUCCUGUUACUGUAAGCUUCGCAAGAGGAGUGAUUUAAUAUAUAUAUGGAAUUUUCUUUAUCA